UUUGUAUUUGUAAACUGUAGACUGUUUUGCACUUAAAUAGAUGUUGAUGCAUUUGGGAAUUACAACACAGUAAAGGGCUAAAUCAUAGUUUCUCCAUUUGGUUAUAAUCCAAAUGCAUUUAUAUUACUAUUAUUAUAAAGUGCCAGGAACACAGGCAGUCCCUCGCAAACACGUUAAAUAGACAAGAGACUAAAUUCUGCCCUUGGUUACACUUGCACAUCUCCAGUGCAAGGUUGUUAAGCUGCAGAGCAGUCUCCCCAGGGAAGCUGUUUGAAGAGCCCUGCCAUCGUUCUAACAAAGCUCGGGGAUAAUGUAGCACAUGAUGAGAGUAAAUGAAGAGUAUUUUACUUUAGAUUUGACGGCCUGCCCUUUCCAGCAUCUUACAAACCAAAUCUCUUUUGUCCCUAUUUUGGGGGGGGGAAGGAUGCAGGGGGUAGCCUGUAGCCCCAGUCUCCCAGACCAAAACUUAGAGCAUUCUGUCAGAACAAUGUCAGGAGAGGGAUGUGGUCUCCUCUUUGCCAUUUUCUUGCUUCAACCACAUUAUUGCUCAUGAUCAUUAGACUGCGGCUUCUGCCUGUUCCUGUAAAAUUCCCGUUCUACAGGGAACACCUGCAGGAUGGUAAGGAAUCUUCUGGAGUUGCAUGGGCUGUGCAGGACUAGAGAAAGCUAUGCUGGGAAAUGCAGGUUGGAGGCAUUGCUCCAGGCAGGUCUGCUUUGUGCUGGCAUCUAAAGCUGCAGCAUAGGUCAUGAAAGCAGCCUCUGGAUUGUUCCUCUUGCCAAGAAAGGUGGAGAGUGAGAUCUUCAGUGAAAAGUGAAAUUAAAUUUAUUGGUGAUUAAAAGGACAAGAGAGAUGUGUUGGAAACAAGGAAUGCCAAUGAGGCCUCUCAGCUGCUCCCCUAAGCAAAUUGCAGUCUCGGUGGAGCAUCAGCUUCUCAGUCCAUCAAAUUGCAGUAAUCGAGUCUGGAGCUGAUGGGAGCAUGAGUCACCACUUAAUUUUCUCAUCAGUGGAGGCCAAGUUUUCAAAAUAUUUUUAGAUGCAUUUCCACAGAGAUUUCUGCCAGCCAGUGACCUAUGGAGUGACAAGAAAAUGAGCAAUAGCAGCUGCUGAAUCAGGCUUUGCUCUCUGCCACCUACCCUCCUGACCAUAGGCAGGGACAGGGAGGGCACAUAAAUCAAAGGAAUUAUUUGGAAUUAUUAUGCAGAAAAGAGCCCUGCUGAGCUGAAACACCUGGAUUUGUUAAGCAACAAAAAAAUCUAUGAAUUCUUAGGCUGCCUGGGAGGUUCAGAUGAGCUUUGACUGUGUUGCUAGCCCCAGCCAGAAGCAGGUGUGAGAUUAGGAGCAGUCCAUACCCAGCAGCUACAGCCUACAGAGGAGGCCGAGCAUCUCCUAAGGAUCCCGUGCUGGUGUGUCUCAUCUGCUCUUUGCCUGUGUUCAAAACUUCCACCUGGCACAACCAUUUGACAUCCAGGUAAGAAAAAGGAAAAAAAGCCUCUGUGUGGCAUCCUGUGUGUGAGGGCUACAUCUAGUAUAAUAAUCACAAAAUCAGAGACUUGCAAAUGUUGGCAUGCUGGUGCUGGUUCAUCUCUGUAAGAGAAAACUUACAAUUCAUGGUCAGUUUUCUUACAAAACACUUGUAACUUCUAGGGAAAAUCAGCUGUCUUGAAAGGGAAGAAAAUGGGCUUCCUUGAAGGAAAGACAAUUUCAUUGAUAGGAUUAAAAAAUUAUGGAGGUCAUGUGAGAACUGGCCUUCUGCCAGGAGAAAUGCAGGAAAUAAAAUUUGAGAGUCCUGUGACAAUAAUUGGGUAUGAAAUCCUAUUGACAAAAGCUUUUGCAAUUCUGUGCUCCCUCUGUUCCUUAGCAUUGUGACUGCAGUUCUUCCCUGUUUCUAUCCUUUGUCUGCUGCAGAGCCCAUACCCAAGAUGUCACCAAAUUAUUUUAUUUCCUAGUGCCUUCCCUGUGUAGUUUUGCCACUUCUUGUCAACACUGCUAAGUAAGUGAUAAAAUGUCUUUUUCCCCUUUUUUUAAAUUUUUUUUUCAUUUUAGCUUUUCCCAGUUAGCUGUCCCUAACUGAACCUGGUGUCAUCACCAAGACGAUGCUCUCAUCUGUUCUCCAAGCUCUCUUAGAGACCCUGUCCUGUAGCCAGGAAACCAGGGCAGCCUUCCAAGGUGAUGCUUGGGGAAGCAGAACUCAGUUUUUUGUGCUGAGACUGAACAACUUACAACAUGCAAAUUACAGUUCUUGUGUUCUUUGUUAGGACUUGCAGCUCCCCCGGGAGGGAACACCCACAUAAUGCAUACCUGCAGCUCACUGCUGGAUCCAUUAGAGUCACUGUCAGUUCUUUGGGCAAUCCCAUACUGCUGUUGACAUAUUUUGCCAAGCUAUCCAGCAAAUUCCUGCUUUUUCUGUUUUAUAAUACUGCUUCAAAUUAAGAGAAAUGUUGGGAGAACUUCUAUUUUUCUUUAUAAAAAUUGAAAAGAAACCUCUUUUUUAUCUAUUUUAGGUGUCUGUUUGGAAAAUUGAUUUCCCAGAAGCGGCUCAGGACUAUGUUUGCCUCACACAUUCACUCUGCCCCUUCCCCAAAACAUACAGUCUUUCAGGGUCCUCACAGCAAGUUGCAUAAAGCCCUUUUUCAGAAAACAGCUACAACAUCUGUUUAGGUCCAAUUCCCUCAUAAAUAAAAUAUAUCCCAGAGGCAUAAUAGCAUGCUAAAAAUAAGUUCAUGACACAAUUUGAGCCAGCUAAUCUGGUAACUCUGUUUGCUGCAGCUCACGAAGUGUUAAUGUGAGAAGCCUGUAUCUUUCCAGCCUGGCUGGCUGUGAGCAUCCCUCGUUGCUCUCUCCCGGAGCCAGAGCCACAUCCCGCAGUACUGCGCCAUCCUGUGCUCACAAGCUUCCUCCCUGGGCCUCUCCAGGUGUAAAACCAGGGGAAUUGUGAUACAUGAGAUUUUGUGUGAGUCAGGGAAGAGAACAGAAGCGCUGCAGUCAGUGGAGCCCGACUCGUAUCGUGUUUGCAAUCAGGUAACUCCUUCUUGUGACACAAAACACUAACGUGUGACCUCUCUGAUUAUAGAAGGCAUAAAGAGCUGUAUAUAGCUACACUGUCACAUAUCAGUGUUCCAAACCAUCUCAUACUAAGAAUCUGUCAGGGCAUUUUCAAAAAAAACCAACAAAAUUCAAAUCUUGCUGGUAUUAGUUUUACAGAAUAUUUUUGGUAGGGUUUUUUUUGUGUUGUUUUAAAGUAAGGUGCAUAAUAUGUGUAGAAAACUCCUCCAUGUGUAUGAUUAUAUAUAUUACACCAUUAUCUUUUAUGUUCUAUAAUUUGAUACUAAACAUAUUUUUAGGAAUGUAUUUUGCUUAUCUAACUCUCUGCUUUCAACAGCAAACUCCCUCUGCUAAAUCCCAUUUGAAUUUUUAUAUUUGAAAUGAAUAUGAACCUUUAAUUUUGGUAUAUGCAUAAAUAUGCUCCAGUUUAUGGCAAGCAGCAGCUUCCUUUGUUCAGAAAAUAAAUUUAGUGACAAAUUUCAAUAUUUUUUAAUACUAGUGAAAAUAAAAUUUAGCCUGUUAAGAUGGCACAGUGAUAUUCUUUGAAUAGCUGCUACUUUGAAUGUGUUUUAAUUUUUUUUUUCCAGAAGCGUGAAUUUAGGAGCUUAUUCUCUUAGUAACAAAAUAUUUGCUCUGAACAAUCCCAGAAGCAUAAUACAUUAGUAGAAAGAAAAGAGUAUUUAUAGCCAGUAAUUCAACUGUUAUAAAUUAUGACGGUAUAAGAAAGAGAAAAGGGUUCCUUUUAAAAACUUGCUGCCAGAUUCUGAUACAGUGGUGCUGAGUAAGGUAAGUAAUGUUCUUUUGAUUAACAGUCAAGUCUUGAGUAAUUUUCAUUUAAAGAAGACUUUAUUAGGCAUUUUUCUCAAACUCAUCUCUUUUGUUCUGUUUUGAGCAGAGUUUCAUCUGAAGAAAACUCUCAGUGACUUUUUAGCCUACAUUAAAUUCCCACUGACAAAUAGAUGAGAAUUAUUAUUAAUUUUCUUCAGAAAGAACUAAUAGGCUUUGCCAAAUAAAUCAUGAAGAUCCUAAGUGUGCUAUUCAUCUCUUCUGCAGAUUAUUGCUUAAAAGCCAUGAUAGUUGUCCUUUAAAAAUCAAAAGUCAAAUCAGUCCUUUGACUUGAAGUGAAAAAUUUGGACUGAUGGUUGUCCUGGGCCUUAUUAUUGUUUGGUUUUUUGCAGUUUGGAAAAUGAGAGGGCUGGCAGGCCUGGAUUCUUGAUAAAUGUGGGUUCCUAGUUUCUAGAGAAAUUCCACCACACCUGGAGACUGGAGAGGGAACUGUGGGCUCCGGCCCUUGGCUUCUGAUGAUGAGCGAGGCAUGACACGCGUCGUGGGUGGCACAAGCGCCGAGGCAGGGGCCUGGCCCUGGCUUGUCAGCAUCCAGGAUUCCUCGGUUGGAGGCACGGGGCAUCUGUGUGGAGGGUCCCUCAUCAGUGUACAGUGGGUCCUCACGGCAGCCCACUGCUUUGCUGAUUCCAGGAACAUCAGCGCCAUACGCCUGCUGAUUGGGGCCACCGAGCUGACUGAGCCGGGCCCUGGGGCCGAGGUGCGCACGAUUAAGCGGCUGGUGGUUCACAAGGAAUACAAUUCUGCCGACCAGAGCAACGACAUCGCGCUGCUGGAACUGAACGAGCCUGUCCAGUGCAGCCCCUACGUCCAGCUGGUCUGCGUACCCAAUGCUACACUGAGUGUGGCACAGCUGGAAACCUGCUAUGUUGCUGGCUGGGGUGCCACCACUGCAAGAUCUCAAAAAACAAGUGAUGUCCUGCAGGAGGCCAAGGUCCACCUUAUCAGUGUCCAGCUCUGCAACAGCAGCGAGUGGUAUGGGGGGGACGUCCAUACCCACAACUUGUGUGCUGGCUACCCAGAGGGUGGCAUCGACACCUGCCAGGGUGACAGUGGGGGUCCACUCAUGUGUAAAGACAACAGUGCUGACUUCUUCUGGGUUGUUGGAGUGACCAGCUGGGGAAGAGGCUGUGCCAGAGAAAAACGGCCUGGGAUAUAUACUUCUGUUCAGCACUUCUAUAACUGGAUUCUGAUUCAGAUGGAACUGCUUCCACAAGUAGAGUCUUCUCAGGCAUGGAUUCAUUAUACAACUGCCUCACAACCUUGGACUCAUCAUAUGAACACCCAAUGGCCUACUCAGAAUCCACGGCCAAGACCACCUUCCACUCAGAAUCCAUGGCCAAGACCACCUCCCACGCAGAAUCCAUGGCCGAGACCACCUCCCACUCAGAAUCCGUGGCCGAGACCACCUCCCACUCAGAAUCCGUGGCCAAGACCACCUCCCACGCAGAAUCCAUGGCCAAGACCACCUCCCACUCAGAAUCCAUCGCCAAGACCACCUCCCACACAGAAUCCAUGGCCAAGACCACCUCCCACUCAGAAUCCAUGGCCAAGACCACCUCCCACGCAGAAUCCAUGGCCAAGACCACCUCCCACUCAGAAUCCAUCGCCAAGACCACCUCCCACACAGAAUCCAAGUUCGCUACCGACACCAGUGGAAGAGAGUAAGAGCUGUCCAUUUCCACUCAAGAAGUUGAUCGAAUUCUUCACUGGGAUCCGGGACCUCCUGAAGAACCUACAGGUAGUUACAGAUUGAGCAGGAGAAUGGACAGCAUCCAGUGCAGGUUGCAUAGGACGGUGACCGUUUCCUGCUGAGGCAAUGCCUGCUGAACCAAAGGCCACCUCAGUACCAAUGGCCCACUCUGUCCUGCCCACAUUGUUCCUCUGCAUGUAUGCAAAUGCUAACGUUGACUUAGUUGCUGAAAUAAAGUUGCCUAUGUUUGUGGUUAA